AUGGACCCUUAUGGCGCCCCAGCCAGGACCGGCAACAGCCUGGCAAGGACACACCGCAUACAGACAACGCCCACCGAACACUCCCAAUGCUCGCCUGUUUACACCAUCUCACCGCUCCUGCUUGAACGACUCCAACGAUCACGCCUGGUCGAAAACGAUCGCGUCUCCUCCCGAUCGAGCACCGACAUGCUCUCGUCCUCCACCAGCUCCAGACAUGUGCGGAGUCCCUCUCCUACCGGCAGCCACCGGCCGGGAUCGAGUGGAGGGCUCGACCUUGCAAAGGCAAAGAAAGGUUUGGGCGUUAAGGAGAUUGAACAGACCUUAUCCACGCUGCAUAAGCAGAAUUUUGACCUCAAGCUCGAACUGUACCACCGACGGGAGAGACAAACCGCCCUCGAGGAGCGGUUGGAGAGACUGGAGCGCGAGGCGAAGGAGCGAGACGACCUGAAUGACUCGUUGGUCAAGGAGCUAGAAAAGCGGGACAAGGCCGUGGAGGAGGCAAUAUCGAUGAUCCUGGCAUUGGAGAAGCGUGUCGAGCAGCUCCUCCUCGAGAGGAAAAUGGUCCGCCAAGUCGAGGCAGCAGGAAGUGCAUACCCUCCGAUUGACUCGGGUGUUGCGACGCCAGAGCCAAGGAAGCACACGAAAUUUGACCCGUCACCGUUCAGCGAUGCCAAAACACCCAUUCGCAUGCCGAGCUUCGUUUCGGACCGGAGUGAAAACACCGAGAACCUCAGGAGUGUCUAUCUCAAUGCCCUUGCCGGCGAAAGCGCCCUCACCCUCCCCCGCCUAACUGAGGGCACACCCGAUACCACCCGCAUGGACCCCAGGCUGGCCAGCCCGGCCUUGAGCGAACUCAGCGAGAGUUCGUUUAUUAGCAUUUACGGUCACGGUAGGGCCGUCGACCUUUCCUCGCCGCCUGGGAAUAGUCCUUGGCCCUGGGACGGCUCGUCCCGGCCUUCCUUGUCAGCGGUUGAAUCUCCGACCAGGGUGAAGACUGCGACUCCAUCGAGGCAGCACCGACCAAGCAGUUCCCGUGCCGCGAGUGGUCAAUACCACAAUAUUGGCGACGUCCUGGAUGGAGGGCCGUCACCUCUGCAGCGGCUGGAGAGGCUCGAAGUCGCACGUGCCACCGCGAAAGGCUCACCAAGGCCGUCGACCGCGAGCAAGGAGAAAGAUCAGUCACCCUUGGCCCGACCCUCCACCACACAUGCCCAGCCCAAAACCAAAAUGGAAAAGCGAGAAGCCCUUGAGAGAGUCCUUAACCAGGGACACUUCAGCAGUCUGCAAACCCUUCCCCCAACACCCGACACGCUCUCAACCACGACGCUGCCUCAGAACGAGACACCGUCCAAAGACUACAGUCCGGACCAGGAGCGGAGCCACACCUGUGAACUCCAGACGAGCACUUUGAGGGCGACGGGCCGCGAGGAGCAGAAUUCAUCAACCCAGCCCGCUCAACAUCUCUCUACCACUGCGUUUGAGAGCCGGAGACAUCUUCAUCCCACAAAUGCCCCUACGGAGGCGGCCGAUAACCGCCAGUUUCGCCCGCCAUCUGAGACAGCGAAUGCGCGGACUCGCGAUGCUAACGGCGGCGGCGACGCAAGGCCUAGGGCUACUCAUCGCAGAGAUUCGACCACGUCGAGUGUGGAUACCUGGCUUCGCGAAAGCAUGAAGCCAGAGAGCAUGGAUGUGUUGGAUCCCAUGAGCUCCAUAUCCCAGGCGCGCACGAGCCCAAAGUAUGGCCGUAUCUCGCCUGAUCUCUUUGCGUUCCCU